CAAAAUUGCAGACCACAGCAACCAUUGUCGGGCAAUACCUCAAGACAUGUGUGUCUGAUCUGGAGCUCUUAAAUAUGGUGGGUCCAUUCGAGGCAUCUUAUCUUUAACUUAAGGUUGAUCCAUGUCACAGAAUGUUUGGAUGUUGGGUGAUGGUGCGUCUGUUGUUACUGACGAUGCUACUGACGUGUGUCGAUAGCCCAGGAACAACACCCGCUUUACACCUCCACACGGACAAGCAGGUUGAGCUAGGACAGCCGUCCAGGAUCAACUGUGCGUCAGACAGACCUUUCAUCGAGAAGGAUUUGAUAACGAUAAGAGCACCGUCGGGACAUAGCGUGUUUCACUGUGAUCCAUCCAAACCAUGUCUUGUCUCUGAUGACUAUUACUACCUUUACUACAAACUCAAAUCAACAUUCGUUUUGGGUGUUAACAGAACGACAAUGGAACACAACGGAACUUGGACGUGUCAGCUCAAUGAGAUUAGUGCCACAGGCUUGCUUAUAGUGUCUAACGCCAAUGAAAUGACGUCAAGCCUCACCACGGAUUCUAUCGUUGGUUUGACAUCCACUACAGCAACUGGAAGCUGUGGUAGUCAAGCCGGAUCUGUUUAUGUGAAGGUGUUCCUUGUGUAUAUCAUUCACAUUAAUACCUCACACAACCGCUGAGGUGGGCACAGGAUAUAGAAUGAAACAUCUUUACCAAAGGUGCCCUGAUUACACAAGGCCAUUUAGAAAGAGGUCAAAUGUAACACAUGUUAUAUUUGGGAUAACACUGGUAGUCCGACAACUGGUAGUCUUGAUCACGUACUUUGAGUACCCCUCUGACAAGCGUAAAUGACACGGCUCCCAUGGCCGAAAGCUAUGAAUACAUAAUGCCAUUUAGAAAGUGGUCAAAUGUAACAAAUGUUAUAUUUGGGAUAACUCUUUCCCUGAUAACAUGCAUGAAAUUGUUUCAACAAAUAUGUCUGAACCUAUCUGUAUCACACUGUCCCUACUGCGAGACUCCACUGGGAUUACCGCGGUUGCAAUACAAGAAUGAGAUUGGGGAAGACUUGGUGUAUUGGAACUAAACAACGUUACAAAUGAAUGUCAUAUUACUCACCAUGUUGAAGACGUCCCCAAAUAUGUAGUGUGACAAACAUAAAUCAUCCUUAGCACAUUGUACUAAUUAUUUGAAGGUGUGUCUUGUAUAUAUCCUUUAUAUGAAAGUUGCAUUGAUCAUAUUGUACUAAUUAUUUGAAGGUGUUUCUUGUAUAUAUCCUUUUAAUUGAAAGUCGCAUUGAUCAUAUUGUACUAAUUAUUUGAAGUUGUUUCCUAUAUAGAUCCCUUACAUUGAAAGUCGCAUUGAUCAUAUUGUACUAAUUAUUUGAAGAUGUUUCUUGUAUAUAUCCUUUUAAUUGAAAGUCGCAUUGAUCAUAUUGUACUAAUUAUUUGAAGGUGUGUCUUGUAUAUAUCCUUUACAUUGAAAGUUGCAUUGAUCAUAUUGUACUAAUUAUUUGAAUGUGUGUCUUGUAUAUAUCCUUUACAUUGAAAGUCGCAUUGAUCAUAUUGUACUAAUUAUUUGAAGGUGUGUCUUGUAUAUAUCCUUUACAUUGAA